AUGCCCUCUUCAUGUUUAGUUAUUGGAUCAAAUCCAAAUAUUGCUUUUUACGCUUGGAGGUUUUACAAAACCGAUUCCCUUGAUGACAUCACUUUGGUUAAUUCUAAAAUCAACAAGAAUCUCCCAAUAACAUGGAGAUCUCCUCAACUUGGCUCAUCCCAAUAUAAACCUCAUGAUAUCUAUUCAUCCUUGAAACAGGUGCCUCAAAAUAAAAAAUUUGAUAUCGUGAUCAUGGGAUGUAGUUCAUUACAAGAUUUCCAAGGAGUAUGUGCUGGAUUGAAGAAUUUCGUACAUCAAGAUUCAAUAAUAUUGGUUGAACUGAGUGGAUAUGUGAAUUUAGAACCUUAUGUCACAGCAAAUUUUGCCAAAUCUCCAGUAAAUGUUGUAUCCAUUAUGAAUGAAAGUGAUGUUAGAAUCAUCAGAUCAAAUGAAUAUUCUCAUCAACUUAGAAACAAUGAUUCAAGAAUUUAUAUCGGUUCAACAUCAGGAUCAUCCAAAAUUGCCAAUAAUAAGAAUUUCCAAAAAGUUUACAAAUUAUUGCAGCAAGUUCAAGAACAAUCACAUAGUUCCAUCACUUUGUUAAAAUCUCUUAAUCCAAAAGAAUUUAUGACGUAUCAAUGGAAAUUGGCUCUACCACGAGUUAUAUUCAACCCAGUCUUGACUUUAUUCGAAAUUCCUUUCCCUGAAGAGUUGUCUAAACAUAUAUUAUCCAAACCUUUAAUCACUGGUUUAAUCAAUGAACUUUUUAAAUUGAUUAAGAAAAUGGAUUGUAAAUUAGUUAAAGGAUUUGAAAAUGAAGCCAAUUUGUUGAAAUACUGGAGUGGUGUUUAUCCAUCAACCAAGCAAAAUGAAGAUUAUAUCAACUCACCAUCGUUUUUGUAUAACUUCAACAAACAUUUUGAUUUAGAACUUGAUUUGUUAUUAUUACAACCAAUAUUAUUAAGUGAUGAUAAUGGUGUUAGAACUCCAUAUUUGGAGAAUAUUUAUUCUACAAUGAGUCAAUUCCAAAAGAUCAAUGGUCCUGAUGGUUCAGUUUUCUUUCAAAGAAAAGGUGAAGCAAACGAUCUGAGUGCGAAUGGCAGCAACUAUCAACAACACAAAGAAUUAGAUCAAGAUAUUGAAGAAAAGAUUCAAAAGCAAAAGCAAUUAGAUUCUGCUAUUAAAGAUAUCGAAAUUUCCAAGAUUGCUUUAGAUAAUGAUGUCAUUAAACAAGAUAUGAAUUUGAAAAGUAUACAACAUAAGAUUGCAGAUGCUGAAUCUAGAUUGAAAAAUUUGCAACGCGAAUAUGAAAACAAGUCCAAAGCUGCUCAAUAUGAACAUGAUGAAAAAUUGAGAAGACUUGCAUAUGAACAUGAUCAAAAGUAUAGAUCAUUAGACCAAGAGUAUAAACAAAAGACUAAAGAUUUAGAAUCAUCAUACAGCAAAAUGAAUAUUAGCAACAGCAACAAUCAAGAAUCAGUUGCUGAUAUAUCGCCAGUAUCAAUUCCUGCUACACAACCAAGUUCUAAAGAUAAUACACCAAGAAAUGUUAAUCGUGACUCUGUCAUGACUCAAUCUGGACUUCAAGAUUAUAAGAAUUUCGUUCAAUAUGGUGACGCCAUUGGUCCAGAUACUCCUGUUAUUCAUCAGAAACAAUUUUCUUCACCUUUGCAACCAAUACUGCAAAGCAGUCCAAAAGAUGAAGAAAAUGGGGAAAAUUUUGUUGAUGCGAACGCCAGCCAUCUGAGACAACCAUUUGAACAAAAUAGAAGACAACCGUCUCAUGGCAACCCACAACAAUUUGCUCAAAAUAAUGAUUAUCCUGUUCAAAAUGGUUAUUAUGAUUCAAACCAAGAUCAUCAAGGACAAGCACCACCACCUCCUCAACAUUCAAAACUGUAUAGAAAUGGCCCUCCACAACAAUACAAUACAGGAAAUGGUUCUAUUCCACCACCACUUCAUCAUCAUAGUCAUAGUUAUCAACAAAGACCAAAUGGUAACCUUACAUAUAAUACUAGUUUUUCAAGCGAUCAAGCUCCACCACAUGGUUUACCAAAUGGAGGCAUGUCUCAAAAUCAAUUUCCACCACCUUUAAGAUCCAACGGCUCUAUGGUUGGUAUGAACAAACAUCAAGGAUAUCCACCAAUGGGGUAUAAUGGGGGUCCACCACCACCACAACAACAAGCACAACUGAUGCAAAGAUUGAAUUCCAUGCAAGGAUCAGUCAAUGGAUAUUUUGAAAACCAACUGCAAUCAGGACAUCCACAAGGUGUGGUCAACCAUUCUAGUUUCAACAAUGCUGCUCCAAUAGACCCAUUUAUUGAACAACGUUUUAAAGCUAAUCCUAAGAAAUCCAACCGUCGUUCAACUAUGCCAUUGAAUGGAAAUUUGGAUGGGUUAGACAUGGGUGGUAGAGGUGGUAUGCCAUUACCAGGAUCCGGACGUAAAACAGUUAGUAUGAUUGGGCCAUACAGCAAUACUAAUGGACAAGUUCCACAAGCACCAAAAAGAGCCAGUUCAAGUGGACCAAUGUUGUUGAAUAAUACUGAUGGAGGAAAUAUUACAUCACCUCAACAACCACCUCCUCCACAAAUGCAUGGAAAUCAUUUAAGACCGCCAAGUAUGAAUGACUCUCAAACUUCUUCAUCAUCAGCAAAUUCUAAUGAUACACCUAAGACAAAUAAUGAUAAUAUUAAUUUGAAUAUUCCAACCAUGGAUUCAAGUAAUGCUAAACCACUAGGAGGAAUUUCUUCAUCCAAUAAAGGUGAAUCUACUGAAAAGAAGAAGAAAGGAUUAUUUGGUAAAAGGAAAAAGUAA